GAUUUUGGAGAUCGUUGCUUCUCUUCUUUCGAGUGUCGCAUCGGUUCUUGAGGGCAAGAAGCUUCUUCUUUUGCGCAAAGUGGCUGCCUCGAUGGGGUGGCCGGACGAGGCUCUUCAUGAUGAGUUGGUUCGUGGUUUUCGCAUUACAGGGCUGCAGGACGCAAGUGGUGUCUUUGGCCUUGAUCCUCGUCCGGCUUCGGGUACCAAGGAGGAUUUGCUGAAGCAGUCAAAGCAUCUUAGGCCGGCUUUGUGGGCCAAGAUCAAGGGCGCCCCUUUGGAUUCCCUGGGGCGCGAACUGUGGGACAUUACUUUUGCUGAGUAUCGAGAUAAAUCUUGGCUUGAGGAGCCGAGGACUUUCUCUCAGCUUGAGCAGCUUCUUCCUGAAGGUUGGGUUCCGACUCGCCGCUUCCCUGUGGUACAGCACGACAAGCUGCGACCGAUAGAUGACUUGACAGAGUGUGGCACGAAUGGGGCAUGCAGUACUCUUGACAAGCUUGACCUUCGGGCUUUGGACGAGACGGUCUUUACGGCUAUGCUGAUCAUGCUCGACGAUGGUCGCGUUCUUCGAGGGCGUGUCCAUCCUUACUGGCUGCAGCACGCAGACCGAGCUCGCGUUCUUGUUAAGACGGUGGACCUUAAAUCUGCCUACAAACAACUCGCGCUGCAUCCGGAUGACAGGAGGUUCAGCGUGAUCUCUUUGAAAGAUCCGGCCGAUGACGAGCCUAAAGGUUUCUUGUGUCGGGUGCUACCUUUCGGCAGUAUUGCAAGUGUUGGGCAUUUCAACCGAGUGGCACGGCUGGUGCAAAGGAUUUUCCAUGAGACGAAGCUGCUCGCUGCAAAUUAUUUUGAUGACUAUCCUUUGCUGGAGUUGGCCGAGCUUAGCCAGAACGCUGAUCGUUGCGCCAAGGCAGUUCUUGACCUUUUGGGUUUUACAUGGGCCAAAGACAAGGACGAGGCUUUUUCACCCUGCGCUGAUCUUCUUGGUGUCAGGUUGGCCAUGGCUACUUCGGGUCCUGCUGCUGUCACUCUUUCGAAUAAGCCAUCGCGAGUUGAGGAUCUUCGUGACGCCAUCAACAAGGUGAUUUCGGACGGUGUUUUGAAGCCUCGCGAAGCUGCAUCUGUUGUUGGUCGUCUGCAGUUUGCCGAGACUCAGCUCCUUGGCAGGGCGGGGCGUCUUGCCAUGGCGGAUAUUCGGUGGAUCGAGAGAGCUCAUCAUGAUGUCAAACUCGACGACUUCGACAAGAACGUUCUCCGCAUGCUUGCUUCACGUGUGGCCUCCGGAAGGCCUCGCGUGUUAACUGCUACUACUUCUGCUGCAAGGGCUUUGGUUUUCACCGAUGGCGCCUGCGAAGGUGAGGAAGGCAAUCAGCAACUCACUGUCGGCGGCGUCAUGUACUUUUGGACUGGCAGGGUCUGGUGUACGAGGUGGUUCAGUGGCUUUGUUCCUGGCGAGCUGGCUGGGUCUUGGCGAGCUGCUGGCAAGCGUCACUUGAUAGGCCCGACUGAAUUGUACGCGGUGAUUGUGGCGAGGCAUGUCUGGGGCCGUUUUCUCGAUAAAACUCGGUCCAUGUUCUUUAUCGAUCAUGCUGGAGUUCUCAGCUCGUGCAUUAAAGGGACUUCGCGGGAUUCCGAGUGGAUGAAACUUCUACUGGCUUUCGAGGAGAUUGAUGCACGCGAACCAAGCCUGACUUGGUACGCGAGGGUUCCCUCGCAAUCGAACCCAUCAGACUCGCCUUCUCGAGGCUCUAGUGAUUUUCCUACUUUUGGAUCAGUGACGUGCGAUGAAGCUUCGUGUCCCAUCCUGAAAUGCUCUUUACGCGCAGUGGUCAGUGAGGAUGGCUUAAAGGGGGAUGUCCCCUGA